AUGGCCAGAGUGAUAAGUAUCCCUCACAAUUUAUUUAUUUUACCUGACCUCAUCAGUCAUUGCCACUAUCCCUUGCGACAAAACCCUCACUGUUAUGCGGUGUCCCGUGCAUCUGAUCAAUGGCUUUUUGACAUGAUGCGACUUGCAGAGCCCGAGAUCAGAGGGCAUGCUCAUAUCGAUAUGGACACAGGCGCAUUAGCUGCCGUUUGCUAUCCUAAUGCAGAUGCUUUCCAUCUCCAAGUCUGCUCUGACUUCUUGAACUGGUUGUUCAUUAUGGACGACUGGAUGGAGUACAAUGCCGUCGAUCUACAAAGAACGCGCGAAUCCUGUAUUUUUGCACUGCGCGAUCCCAUCAAUUUUGACACGGAACAGCUUGGUGCAAAGAUGUGCAAAUCGUUUUUCAGCCGCCUUAGGGAGACUGCCGGCCCCGGCUGUACAGAACGGUUUAUUCACGCAAGCGAAUUGUUCUUCGCUGCUGUGGCUAAGCAGGUGGACGACCGUACCAAAGGAAAUAUGUAUGAUCUGGAAUCUUACGUCGCACUGAGGCAAAAUCUCAGCGCAGUGAAGAUCGGGUUUCCCCUCAUCGAAUUCGUAGCUCAAAUUGAUCUUCCGGACGAAGUUGUGUCGCAUCCAGUUGUCAUGGCCUUGCAGGACGCGACCAACGAUCAUACUAUUUGGUCCAAUGAUAUUUUCUCAUACAACAUGGAGCAAUCUCGUGGUGACGUACAUUGGCAUAAUAUGGUUGCCGUGCUCAUGCACGAACGAGGACUAGACCUGCAAGGCGCCAUCGAUUACGCUGGCCAGAUGUGCAAAAAUGCCAUCCAGCACUUUGAAUCUAGCCGUGCUAACCUCCCCUCAUGGGGAGAAGAGGUUGACAAGCAGGUGGCUAUCUAUGUAGAAGGGAUGCAAAACUGUAUGGUCGGUCCCCUUCACUGGCAAUCUAAUUCCGCCCGCUAUUUUGGCAAGGAUGUGCAUGUUGUCAAGCGGGACCGAAUCGUCAAGCUGAUUCCAAAAAGGCCUACAAUGUAA